CUUGUCGCUAUCGGUAAUUUUUCGGUGUGUGUGUGGGCUUGCUUUCGUUCGUUCGUGAUAUCUACUCGUCGCCUUGUUCCCCGAAGUGCGUCUUCUGUCAGUCGUCGUUGUCGGAUCCUAUCGACAUGUCAAAAGCGACUGUCGCCGUUUUGGAUUUGUGACACGUGUGCGUGCGUGCAUGUACGGAUCCUGGAUGCCCGGAUAUGUCGCGCAUGGCGGGCAGCGUUAUGCGGCGGUGAGAGUCGAUGACAUUCUCGGGCUCCAUAAUCCUUGGGCGGCGCGCGUCGUCCGGACGCAGGAUCGCGGCGACGAAGACGCCCGUGGCUAGCGGCAGGACUUGCGGAGUAACGACGUACAGCGACUCGGUUCAGUCGGCCGUAGAAAACCGACCUCACGUUAAAGACAUCGAGGUGGGACGGCAACGACAACAACGACGACGGCAACGACGACGACGAAGAAGAAGAAGAGGAGUCGAUCCACCGUUGAAGGUGAGGCGAGGUGGAAUCUGCUGAAAAAGAAGAGAAAAAAAAGAAAACUGAAAGUGGUGCGAAAGAGACGUCGAGAGGGAGGAGGAGGAGGAGGAAGAGAAGGAGAAGACGGUAAUGGUAAUGCUGGAAGUGGAAGUGGAGGAAAGAGAGGGAUCGAAAGGUUGAGCGACCUACGAUUUGCGAGGAGUAGACGGGGGGAAAGGGCGACAGAAAGUGGAAAUACGUAGGAGGACAAGGGAGAUAAGGGGAACGGCUGGAGAAGGACGGAGAAAUGGUAGGUGACUGGCAAAGUACAAUGAUCGGCUCUUCGACGAAAGGCAGAUAGCGUCACCAUUAGCUGUUGCUGGGGCAUAGAAUAUCGGGCUUAUGCGUGUUGUGGCCCUAGCCGUGGGUGAGGGGGGGGAGGAAGACGAAGAGGAAGAAGAAGAAGAGGAGAAAGAGACGGAGGAGCCAACAGUGAAGGAAUACGAAAGAUACACGGGGUACUACGGGGUCCACGGGCCCGCAAUGUAUCCAGUGACAACAACAGCAGCGGGGAACAAGAAUAGCCGGUUCGCCACGACGUGCUCGAUUUUUUUUCUGCCGUCAUUGCCGCCGCUGCUACUGUUGUUACUGUUGCUGUUACUGUUGCCCACUUUGAUUCUGACGAUCGUCGUCGAUGCAUCACCUCUUCACCCCACGCCGCCACAUAAAGACAUCACAUUUGGUUCGUAUAUCAAGUACUACGAGGUGGCCACGUAUGACACUGCGGCGUUGAGACAAUAUCGCAAUCGGAUUCGCCGCAACGUUGCUGACCCUGUCGACGAGCAACCAUUGAUUCUGCAUCUGAAGACACUCGAGAGAUCCUGGACGAUACGUUUAGUUCACGACGCGAGUUUGUUCAGCAAGGACGCAACUUUUGAAGGUACGAAUGGGCCAAUAUCCUUCGAUACGUCGCAUUCUUACAUUGGUACUGUUUUAGAGGAUGAGAACGCCGUGGUGCAGGGUAUCGUUACGAAAGACGGUCUUUUCGAUGGCAGCGUCGUGACCAGAUUCGAGGAGUACUACAUAGAACCGACGAACAGAUAUUUGAAUAAAAAUGAAGACACGUCGCCACCCUAUCACAGCAUAGCUUAUCGAACCUCCGACGUUAUUAUACCACCACAUCCAUCGUGUGCCAGUCAUCAGCUGCAUCAAGGAGCUCUUCGUAAUUCCUUUGAUAGAUACAGAUACAAUCAUUCUGAAGCAUUCUACGAGCCCUUGUUUGUCGAACGUGAUAGUUCCUACUUAAAGGAAAACAACGCGAGAAUAUUAACAUCAGAAACUAAUGACGACAUUACAUAUGCAGACAAAACAAGCGACAGAGAUCGGAUUGCGAGGCAUCUGCACAAACGCGCAACGGUAGAUCCUCGAAAAACUACCUGCAUGCUCUAUUUGCAAGCGGAUCAUCAGUUUUUCACACGAUAUGGCACUGAAGAAGCCUGUAUCGAGGUGAUGACGAGGCACGUGCAGAGAGUCAACUCCAUUUACAAACAUACGGAUUUCAAUCAAGAUGGGCGACCGGAUAACAUUGGUUUCAUGAUAAAACGCGUGAAAGUUCACAGCGAAGACGCAUUGAGAGAUCCCAAUUAUCGUUUUCCGGGCAAUUAUGGCGUAGAAAAAUAUUUGGAACUCUUCUCCGAGGAGGACUAUGACACGUUUUGUCUGGCUUAUAUGUUUACAUAUCGAGACUUCGAGAUGGGAACUUUGGGGUUGGCUUGGACGGGCGAUCUUAAGAACGCUGGAGGCGUAUGUGAGAAGAACGGGCAUUACCGCGGCAGCAUGAAGUCCCUAAACACCGGCAUAGUUACCCUAUUGAAUUAUGGAAAGCAUGUGCCACCUGCGGUCUCUCAUGUUACUUUAGCUCACGAAAUCGGCCACAACUUUGGCUCGCCGCACGAUCCCGAACAAUGCACGCCUGGCGGCGAGGACGGUAACUUUAUAAUGUUCGCCCGUGCUACCAGUGGUGACAAACGCAAUAACAACCGCUUCAGCCCAUGCAGCCUAAACGCCAUAAAUCCCGUGUUGAACAGCAAGGCGCGUUCUGUGAAAGGAUGCUUCACCGAACCAUCAGUGUCGUUGUGUGGCAACGGAGUGGUGGAGGAGGGGGAAGAAUGUGACUGCGGCUGGGAGGAAGAUUGCAGAGACCUGUGCUGCUUCCCUCAACGUCGUUACCAGUCAGACAAGGAGCCUCCGUGUAAGCUCACUCCGGGCUCCGUAUGCAGUCCUAGCCAAGGCCCGUGCUGUACCGCUGAGUGUAACCUCCGUUUCGGAGAUAAAUGCAGAGAUGACAACGGUUGCCGCGAUGCGAGUUUCUGCGAUGGCCGCUCUCCGUAUUGUCCGCCAUCCAUUAAUAAGCCCAAUAAAACUAUAUGCAACCGCGAAUUGGUUUGCUUCAUGGGGGAGUGCACUGGUAGCAUUUGUCUAGCAUAUGGACUGGAAUCCUGCCAAUGCAUACCGGAUUCAAACGAUCCACCAACGAAGGCUUGCGAGCUCUGUUGCAGACAUCCUGGUGAAAAUCAACCGUGUCUAUCGUCUUUCGACUGGAACUCUCCGCCAUACGAUAUCCCCGACAUAUUUUCAAAACCGGGCACUCCAUGUAACGAUUACAAUGGUUACUGUGAUGUCUUUCAAAAAUGUCGUGAGGUUGAUCCAAGUGGACCAUUAGCAACUUUGAGGAAGCUUUUAUUAUCCGACGAAAGUCUUGCUACUUUUAGGCGAUGGGUAGCUGAACAUUGGUACGCCGCCGCUCUGAUAAUUUUAGCAACAAUAUCAUUACUGGUGGUCAGCAUGAGAUUGCUUGGCAAGCGACCGGAUCUGAAAUUAAAGUCUGUCACGAUAAUCCACAGUUCUACAACGGAGACGGUGCGUCUUCCGCCGGAAGGUACGGAAGGAGUGACAGUGCAUCCGCCAGCGGUACGCGCCAAACUUCCCCUCAACAGAAAGGUCCGAGAAAAAAGACGUCAUCGCAAGCAUAAAGAUGGUAGUCAUGUCGAUAAAUCCAAUAAGGAUAUUAUGGCAAAGAAGAAACAAAAUCAGACAAAGAGAUCAUCCACUGCAGCGGCAGACGAUUUCGUACGUAAGAGGCCAGCUGAAACGGCUUUGGCAGUCGUGCAGGAAAACAAGCGAAAAAAAGUGACAUCUGCGACGAGAGAUAAAGCACAAGGUGGCAACAAUAAUGCUGCUGGCAGCAGUGGGGAUGACAAACAGAAGCGCAAGAAGCACCACAAGAAGGAAGUGAUCGACUAUUCAGCGAUUCAGACGGAGAAGGAUCCUGAGCCGAACACUGAUCCCAAGAGCAAAGUGCGUUCCUGGUUACUGGCGUCCUCACAGUGCAGACUACCAGAGACUCCGAGGACCAAUGCGAUCGGCUUGCCGAAGAGCAAGUCGACCCCGGUAGGUUUGACGGCCGGUGGUGGGGUCGGCAUCAGGGCAACGGUGUUGAAGCAAAUUCCAUCCGCACGACGUUCUGGCGCAGAAGCCAGAGAGGCGAAGAAUUCGUCGUCUGGUUCAAGCGUCGCCAGGAAGGAACGCGCGAGACUUCAAGUAGUAUACAAGCCGCCGUUCCGUUUCAGUGUGAAGUUACGCAAAUCCGAUAAAGUAGCGCAGGCUCCACAGGCGAUCGUUUCACCGAGUACAGCGACGGCAAAUCACAUCAAUAUCGAUAGGACAAAGUUGCCCAGAACCGGCGUGCUCCUGAGAACUGGGGCUAAGAGGAAAGACAGAGUCAGGAUAGGCAGAGCGCGACAGAUCGCCCCUACUGGCAUAGGGAAUGAUUUACCGGAACCAGCCAACUCCGACUUACACACCGUACCUUCUGAUUUGGAGGUACUACUGUCUGAGAGCGAAUUCCUCUUCUCGGACACGUGACCAUGGGCCUCAGUUCGACGAGCAUGUUCAUUUCGCUACGCAAUUAAGUAGUCCUAGUACGUUACAGAGAUUUUCGUUUCUUACUCUUACGCGAGAAUAGCUUCGUUAUAGGAAACUGCGGAACGAUAGUUUCGUCGAAUCGAUAGCGUAGAAGAAUCUCGUCUAAGAGCGUGGAAGGGAAGAGCCAGUUGUCUUUGACUUAUUACUCAUUCACAUAGAAUUUGUUGCAUAUUAUUUCGGCUUAUUGUUACUUCCAACUGCUCGCCGAUAACCGCGUAUAUAUAUACUCGGGAAGACAUUUUUUACAUUUGUUUCCUCGUUGUUCUUCCUUUCCUCAUCUCUAGAGCGGAGCGACAAUGCAGUGACGUAAUACGUUUACGAUCAUUUGCAUGCCCUGUCGGUGAAGCAACGAAUUUUGGCGUACGAUCGAAUAAACGGGAUUUGCACUUCUGUGGCAAAUGUACGGAAAUAUCGGUGCUAGUUCGACGAUUAAGCCAUUCUCUUCUUCCAAAGAAAGGGGCCAAAUCCAUUAUUCAAGAACGACUGCCGCUGACUCACAUAAGUGCUAAUUUACGUACUCGUGUACAAUAAAAUGCUAAUAAAGCAGUUUUACGUCUCACUAUUGAUUUUCGAUCGCAGCUUUAAAUUUCAGGGAUCAGUACGUAAUUAAUGCAAUUUCAAAACACAAGAUGCCGUAUUUUGGGAAAUGAAAGUAAAUGCUUUAUCUCCAAUCUCUUUACACCGUGCCUACUGUUAUUAUAUUCUCCAUUCCGACACACUUAAGAGAGAUAACGUCUAAACUAGACGAUGAAAAAAUAAAGUUUUCAUUUCUGAUAUACAUAAUAUCGGUCGUGAAAAUGAUAAAAGGUGAAUUGCAUCGACAGCCUUCAUUGAUUCACUCAUCACUUUUGUUCCAAACUAUAUAGCCUUAGUUAUAAUAUAACCAUAAUAUAAUCUGCAUUACAAUUGUUGCUACAAUAUAGCUUGACAAUUUUUUUUAUAUAUUACAAUAUAGCUUGACAAUUUUUUUUAUACGUUAGCCUUAUACAUACAUAUAGGAUGCCGAGAUGCCGCCAUGGUAGGAAAGUACUAGUGUCGACACUGUAUUGACUGUGUUAAUUGUUAGAUAACACCCGACAUCAUUUGUGCUUUUCAUUAAUUCCAACAACCACCGCUUGGUGGUGCACUUCCCAUUGGUCGGAAUUGUUUUAGCGCGGUUAUUAGUUUCUUUAAAUGAAAUGAAAGUGUCAUAUAAGAAAGUUGUUUGAUUUUUUAUGUAUGUAUGUGGUUCGUAUAUAUUAUAACAUUAUAAUAGUCUAGUUAUUAAUAAUAUUAACUUUUAUGAUUAACUUGUAUGUUUCAUAUAAGAGUUGUUUGGCAAAGAUCUGCAAAGGAUUUUAUAUGCAAACGAUUUGCUAGGGAUAUCCUGGCUUUCAAUUACAAAGGGGAAAAUAGUGUCAUUAUCCGGAUACUCGCAGAUACUACUUAUACUCAAGGCGACAUUGAAAAGAUAUCAUUUGACCUAUUUUCGUCAUUUGGUUCAAGAGAUAUGAUAGAUAUGAACUUCUAAGGAUAGAAAUAAGUCUCAUGGCUCGUCACUUUUAUCCAAGUUCAUACUUCCUCGCCGCCAAUUGUCUUGAUGACAUCAGAAGCGAGAAAAUACGUGAAUAAAAUUCUUGCAAAAUGUGUUAAAAUAAAAGGACAUGUUAA